UAUACCGGCUCACGGUAGUCCUACGGCCACGAUCUCGCUCACACGGCGUCGUUCGCAGUGCUACAACACACGGUGUGUCCCGUUUACUCCGUCGAGAGGAUUUCUUCUGCCCGUGCUCCGAUCGAGGAUUUCGAUCACGUUUGACUGCGCGUCGAGAGAGAGAGAGAGAGAGAGAGAAAAAGAAAGAGAGAGACAAGCUAAAUCAAGAAAGCAAACAUGUGUGACGAGGAAGUUGCUGCGCUCGUAGUUGACAAUGGAUCCGGUAUGUGCAAGGCCGGUUUCGCCGGAGACGACGCUCCUCGCGCCGUCUUCCCGUCGAUCGUUGGCAGGCCGCGUCAUCAGGGUGUCAUGGUCGGCAUGGGACAGAAGGAUUCCUAUGUCGGCGAUGAGGCUCAAUCGAAGAGAGGUAUCCUGACGUUGAAAUACCCGAUUGAGCACGGUAUCGUGACCAACUGGGAUGACAUGGAGAAGAUCUGGCAUCACACGUUCUACAAUGAGUUGCGAGUAGCCCCAGAAGAGCACCCGGUCCUUCUCACCGAGGCUCCCUUGAAUCCUAAGGCCAAUCGCGAGAAGAUGACGCAGAUCAUGUUCGAGACGUUCAACACCCCGGCCAUGUACGUCGCUAUCCAGGCCGUGCUAUCAUUGUACGCUUCCGGUCGUACCACCGGUAUCGUUCUGGACUCCGGUGACGGCGUCUCUCACACCGUACCGAUCUACGAGGGAUACGCCCUGCCGCACGCCAUCCUCCGUUUGGACUUGGCCGGUCGCGACUUGACCGAUUAUCUCAUGAAGAUCCUCACGGAGAGAGGAUACUCUUUCACGACCACCGCUGAACGAGAAAUUGUCCGUGAUAUCAAGGAGAAGCUCUGCUAUGUCGCCCUGGACUUUGAACAGGAGAUGGCCACGGCCGCCUCCUCUUCCAGCUUGGAGAAAAGCUACGAACUUCCCGACGGUCAGGUCAUCACCAUCGGUAACGAGCGAUUCCGUUGUCCCGAGGCGCUCUUCCAGCCCUCGUUCCUAGGUAUGGAAGCCUGCGGCAUUCACGAGACCACGUACAACUCGAUCAUGAAGUGCGACGUCGACAUCCGUAAGGAUUUGUACGCCAACACCGUUCUGUCUGGUGGUACCACCAUGUACCCUGGCAUCGCCGAUAGGAUGCAGAAGGAGAUCACUGCCUUAGCCCCGUCUACCAUGAAGAUCAAGAUCAUCGCCCCGCCUGAGAGGAAAUACUCCGUAUGGAUCGGCGGAUCGAUUCUCGCAUCGCUCUCCACCUUCCAACAGAUGUGGAUCUCGAAGCAGGAGUACGACGAAUCCGGACCCUCCAUCGUCCACAGGAAGUGCUUCUAAGCGCGUGCGUUCUCGCAUUAUUAUCAUUCCCCAAAUCCCUGAGAUUUUGAGAGAAAGAGAGAGAGGAAAAGAGAGAGAGAGAGAAAAGAGAGAGGGGCUUCUGUCUCGUUUCGCAGGCGGACGUAACAUCAACUUCCGCAACGGCAAUUGCCCUUUGGUUUCUCCGGGGCGAAGGUAGCUUCUUUCAAUUCGGACGUACGUGUUUAAGAUUCGCGUUUAACGAUUAAACGAUUAUACGAGAAAGGAGAGAGGAGCUUUCAAUAUUUCGUGUCCUCCUCCUCUUCUACCCCGCGAUUGUUCCUCGGUCUCGGCGGCAAUUAAAAAACAAAAAAAAACAAAAAUUCGUUUAAAAACGAAACAUUUUUUUUUCUCAUCGUCCUUCAUCAUUCAAUGAUAACGAUCUUAAACAUGUGCCCCGAGUCCCAAAUACCUUUUUCUACCUUUAUCUUAUAUCGAGCCCUUUGUAUUAUAUAUAUAUUUGAAUAACUUGCGUGUACUACAGAAGUAGCACUUAGCUAAAAAAAACAUUCCUCGCGAGACAUCCUUCUCUCAACGCGAGUUAGAGAACGCUUCCCUUUCGUUAGACUCGUCGCUCCGUUUUUUUACGCUUCGAUUGCCAUCUUUCUUCGAGGAUGAUUCGAGCAAGAAGAAACGUGAAGAUGAUGAAAAGGAAAAAGAAGAAGAAUAAAAGAAGAAGAAGAAUUCCAGAGAGGUUUCUUUUUGCGGGGAAAAAAAAGCGUCGCGAUUUGCUCUUCCCGCAAAAAGAGACACAUGGCAAUCAACAACGUCGGUCAAAUGCAUUCCGAUCAAUGUGCGGUAUUUUUAAGAGGCCGCUUGCGUCGAAGCUAAUAAACACAAACACACGUUGUACGUCAUUCCACGCGCAGAGAAAGAUAAGCCUCCGACUUCUUAUCUGUUUAUUUUUUUUUUAAUUAUUAUUAUUUGCCUAUCGUUGAGGGGAAAAAAGAUGGCCUUUUUGUCUUCUUUCUUUCUUUCUUUUUUUUUUUUACACGAUGGGGUAAACCGCAGAUCCGGAAAUGUCCUACGAAUGUUCGCUCAAAAAUAAACGGUAAAGAAAAAAUAAAGGAAGACAUCAUCACGGUUUCGACCCCGUAAGCGUAGCCAAAGUAUUAUAAUUUAUUCCCAUUGUAUUGCGCAAGACCAUUCACGUAAAGACUACUUUAGACUUAUGGGAUUAUAAAAUAAAAGUCUGAAAAAUAUCAUUAA